AUGCCGUGCACCGCCAGAGCGCCCUGCCUUCCCCAGGCUCAACCAGGGAUCUCAGCCUUUGGCCGGGCAACGAAAGCCAGUGUCCCCGCGCCAUUGACCACGAAGAAAGCUGCGACCCUCCCGGUUUCUCCAUCCAAAAAGCGAAAACUGCAAGAGAUUGAAAAUUCUCUGAAGCUUAGCGAACUCUCUGUCAACUCGCCUCGCAGCGGCCACUUUGCUACUUCCAAGCGGACGCCCAGUCGUCGAACUCGUGUUUCAGCCAAAAUCCCCGAGUCGCCCUCCACCCCCGGCACCCCUUCGAAGCAGCGCACCCUCAACUUCCAAAAAGUCAUUCCCGAGCCGAAACUCGCUCCUCGCUCUAAAUGUAUCACCGAAUUUGUUGAUCUCCACUCCGCUUUCGUUCAAGCCCUCUUCAUCCACGCGGCCCACAAUGGCCCCUCAACUCCUGCCGACCUCAGAGAAUUCCUUCCCAGCGUCACCCGGAUUUGGAAGAAGCGCAAAGUGCAGCCCAAGGAUCUGCAGCGCCUCGUCUGGGUCUGGGAGCGCAGCCUGAAAGCUAAAGAAGUCUCGUAUCGUCUGGCAAAUUACGGUCUCGGAAAAGUUUGUCUUGAGCGAGUGGUGGUGGUGCAGGCGGAUGAGCAGCCUUCCGCCCUGCAAGAUGCUUUUGAGCAAUCGUUUGACCUCAUCUGGGAACAAACCGAAGAGUCCCUGAAGGAUGCCAAGGAAGAAGAUCGCCCCGCUUUGUUUCUCGAGACUCUGGGCCUCGCUACUAUCCACGAAUCGCUCGCCCCCUUUUCCGCGUUCCAGAAAGGCCAGCAGCGUCUGCAGGACCUGAGAGGAGGUGUGAUCCGAAUGAAGACCGAGAUGAUGCGUGCCGAGACACAAAAUACUGGUCCCAAGACUCUGGCUGCCACCAACAAUCGCCGACAGAGUCUCUUGGACCGUAUUAAGAAUAAGGAGCUCCGCCAAUCCAAACUCCCUCCUCCUCCGACCAAGAAAGAAAUGGUACGCCGAGCUGCGGCCGAGCGUGUGGAGGAAGUUGCGAACAUCCUGGCACUUCUCCGCCCCGCUGGAUAUGUCGGCACUGGUAUCAAAGCUAUGCUUGCGAAUCAACGCAAGCCUUUCAAGCUUGAGACCAUGGUCGAGCAUGUGCGUGACUCUGUCCGCAAUCCCAUUCCAAGAGAGGAAGUUGAGGCGUGCAUUGAGAUUUUGGCGGAUACCCGCGUGGCCGGACACUGGGUGAACCUCGUGACAGUCAACGAGAUGCGCUCAGUUGUGUUGAAAUCCUGCAAGGAUAUUGCGGCUAAGGAGCUUGUGGCCAAGGUUGCCCAAUUGAAGGUAGACUGGGAGAAGACAGGUUCUUGCACACCCGGGUCUGUCCUGACAGGCAUUUGA